UGAAAAACAGCGCAAGCAAGCCGAAGAUUCUGCAAGUUAAACAUUGCAGCUAAACUAAAUUGAUAGAAUACAUUCUUUUUUUUUGUCAGAAUAUAAAUUUGCACAAUGGGUCAAAACCAAUCAGCCCAAGGGGGCUCGGGCGACAAAAAAGAUGACAAAGACAAAAAGAAGAAGUAUGAACCACCAAUUCCAACACGCGUCGGAAAGAAAAAGAAGCGUUCCAAGGGUCCAGAUGCGGCGAUGAAAUUGCCACAAGUAACUCCCCAUACAAGAUGUCGUUUGAAAUUACUCAAAUUGGAGCGUAUCAAGGAUUAUCUGAUGAUGGAGGAUGAGUUCAUUCGCAAUCAAGAAAGACUGAAGCCUCAAGACGAAAAGAAUGAGGAAGAACGCUCCAAGGUUGAUGAUUUGAGAGGUACUCCCAUGUCUGUGGGCAACUUGGAAGAGAUAAUCGAUGAUAAUCAUGCUAUUGUGUCAACCAGUGUUGGCUCAGAACACUAUGUAAGCAUAUUGUCCUUUGUUGAUAAAGAUCAAUUGGAGCCUGGUUGCUCUGUUCUAUUAAAUCACAAAGUGCAUGCUGUUGUGGGAGUUCUAAGCGAUGACACAGAUCCCAUGGUCACUGUGAUGAAGUUGGAAAAGGCACCACAAGAAACAUAUGCUGAUAUAGGAGGUUUAGAUACGCAAAUUCAGGAGAUAAAGGAAUCCGUCGAAUUGCCAUUAACACAUCCUGAAUACUACGAGGAAAUGGGUAUCAAGCCACCAAAGGGUGUUAUUCUCUAUGGUCCCCCCGGUACAGGCAAAACUCUAUUGGCCAAGGCUGUAGCCAAUCAGACAUCGGCAACUUUCCUGCGUGUUGUUGGGUCGGAAUUGAUUCAGAAAUACCUUGGCGAUGGUCCAAAAUUGGUACGAGAACUUUUCCGUGUUGCUGAAGAACAUGCUCCUUCCAUUGUGUUCAUUGAUGAAAUCGAUGCUGUGGGCACAAAACGUUACGACUCAAAUUCAGGAGGUGAGCGCGAAAUUCAGAGAACUAUGUUGGAGCUGUUGAACCAAUUGGAUGGUUUUGACUCUAGGGGUGAUGUUAAGGUUAUUAUGGCAACAAACAGAAUUGAGACCUUGGAUCCAGCUCUUAUUCGUCCUGGACGUAUUGAUCGUAAAAUUGAAUUUCCCCUGCCCGAUGAGAAAACAAAACGUCGCAUUUUCAAUAUACACACUUCUCGCAUGACAUUGGCCGAGGAUGUGAAUCUUAGUGAAUUAAUUAUGGCAAAAGAUGAUCUGUCCGGCGCUGAUAUUAAGGCUAUUUGUACAGAAGCUGGUUUGAUGGCUUUGCGUGAACGUCGUAUGAAAGUCACCAAUGAAGAUUUCAAAAAAUCGAAAGAAAGCGUGCUCUAUCGUAAAAAAGAAGGCACACCCGAAGGACUUUAUUUAUAAAUGUCUUGUCAUCCCUUACAUGCAAAUAUAUAACUAAUUAACUUUAAA